UAUUGAAACAUAGGCUAUGUUUAUUUAGGCUACGAGUAAAAUAUUCAAUAUUAUGAAAUAGCCAAUUAAACAUAAUUUCAUUUAGGCUAUGAGAAAAGUUAAUGAUAGUUGAAAUUAGACGAAUGUGGCCGACCGCUCGUGAUUGGUCACAGUAUUAUUAACAAACACGUGCUAUUUAGGGAUUUGAAAUGCUAUUUAAUCGGCUAGAGGAAUGCUGUUAGUUAUUUCUGGUGUGGUCUGGUCACCAGAACAUUUUUCAGUGGUUUACUCUGCUUGUUUUAUGUUCAUGUUAAUAAUAGGCAGAUUUACAAAGAACACGUGAGUGUGUAAGCUGAUACUCAAAAUGAUUAGGGUAGGUCUACCCAAGGCUUGUGCAGUUGUGUGCAUUGUCAUUGCUUUGGUCGGCGUUUUGCCCACGUGCCUUGGAUCUGUCGAAGUGUCGAAGACUUCGUCUAACUCUACCGUAGGCCUACUGUUGCCAAAUGAAGCGACUGGAGAAGAGAAUGGUUCCGAGGAUGAGGUUAGCAGCUACAGACACUCACGGAGUGCCAGCUCUGUAGAAUAUGCGAAACGCGAGGCCGCUUUCAAGAACUAUAUGUUGAGGACUCAGUCAAGCGAGGCCGUUCCAGAGGACCCUGAAGUUCUGUGCGGAAAGAACUCAAUCAAUGUGAGAAUUCGGUCCGACGAUGCCGAAAACCUCCACGUCUAUGCACCGAAUGGCUCCCCACUCACCCUAAAGGAACUGCCUGUCUACUGUAACAUCAUUUCUAAGACGUUGAACAGGGACGUUGUCUUGGUAUCUCUCACUGAUGGGUGUUUUGUCAAACCGCAGGGUUCUGCAUAUGUUCUUAACCUGAUGUGGUUUGGAAGACCUAUACAGGUGACCUGUCCUAGAGAAGAACCGCCACUGAUUAUCUGUAAAACACACUCAAUGCAAGUUUUGUUUUUUGGGGAAGGACUUGAUAAAACGCUUUCAAUAAAUGUGAACGGCAGAUGGAUUCCCCUGCAGUGUGCGCUAGCCCUGUGCCAGUUCGAACUUGACACCACUCCAGAGAUGCUGUCUUUUUCAACGCCGUACAUUGGUUGUGGCAUGACCCAUGAGAAUGGCUUCCACAACCUGAGCAUCAGGUCAGAGGAGAUGAACAUGAGUCUGUUCUGCACAGACAAUGGGUAUGCAGAUCCCCUCUCAAAAAUACCCACGAUUCCUGAGCAACCAACUUCCCAGUUACCAAAACGGCCUCAAGUUCAGAGGGGCCCCCAAUCUGUUGAGCAGUUCCAUCAGCAAGUUCCUCAGCAGUUGCCCCAGCCGUCCCAGGUUCAGCAGUUGCCCCAGUGCACCCAGGUUCAAGAGAUCUUCCAGGAGCAGUCUGAAGUCCAAAUUCCACAGCAAGUCCCCCAGCAGCCCCAGGUUCGGCAGGGCCAUCAGGAGAUCUUGCAACAGCAGUCUGAAGUGCAGGAAGUUCCAAAGCAGGUUCCCCAGAAGCCUCAGGUUCAGCAGUGGCCCCAGCAGCCCCAGGUUCAGCAGUGGCCCCAGCAGCCCCAGGUUCAGCAGUGGCCCCAGCAGCCCCAGGUUCAGCAGUGGCCCCAGCAGCCCCAGGUUCAGCAGGUGCCCAAGCAGACCCAGGCUCAGCAGGUGCCCAAGCAGACCCAGGCUCAGCAGGUGCCCAAGCAGACCCAGGCUCAGCAGUUGCCCCAGCAGCCCCAGGUUCAGCAGUUGCCCCAGCAGCCCCAGGCUCAGCAGGUGCCCAAGCAGCCCCAGGCUCAGCAGGUGCCCAAGCAGCCCCAGGCUCAGCAGGUGCCCAAGCAGCCCCAGGCUCAGCAGGUGCCCAAGCAGCCCCAGGCUCAGCAGGUGCCCAAGCAGAUCUUGCAGCAGCAGUCUGAAGUGCAGGAAGUUCCAAAGCAGGUUCCCCAGCAGCCCCAGGUUCAGCAGUGGCCCCAGAAGCCCCAGGUUCAGCAGUGGCCCCAGAAGCCCCAGGUUCAGCAGUGGCCCCAGAAGCCCCAGGUUCAGCAGUGGCCCCAGAAGCCCCAGGUUCAGCAGUGGCCCCAGAAGUCCCUGGUUCAGCAGGUGCCCAAGCAGACCCAGGCUCAGCAGGUGCCCAAGCAGAUCUUGCAGCAGCAGUCUGAAGUGCAGGAAGUUCCAAAGCAGGUUCCCCAGCAGCCCCAGGUUCAGCAGUGGCCCCAGAAGCCCCAGGUUCAGCAGUGGCCCCAGAAGCCCCAGGUUCAGCAGUUGCCCCAGCAGUCCCUGGUUCAGCAGUUGCCCCAGCAGUCCCUGGUUCAGCAGGUGCCCAAGCAGACCCAGGCUCAGCAGGUGCCCAAGCAGAUCUUGCAGCAGCAGUCUGAAGUGCAGGAAGUUCCAAAGCAGGUUCCCCAGCAGCCCCAGGUUCAGCAGUGGCCCCAGAAGCCCCAGGUUCAGCAGUGGCCCCAGAAGCCCCAGGUUCAGCAGUGGCCCCAGAAGCCCCAGGUUCAGCAGUUGCCCCAGCAGUCCCUGGUUCAGCAGGUGCCCCAGCAGACCCAGGCUCAGCAGGUGCCCAAGCAGACCCAGGCUCAGCAGGUGCCCCAGCAGAUCUUGCAGCAGCAGUCUGAAGUGCAGGAAGUUCCAAAGCAGGUUCCCCAGCAGCCCCAGGUUCAGCAGUGGCCCCAGAAGCCCCAGGUUCAGCAGUGGCCCCAGAAGCCCCAGGCUCAGCAGGUGCCCAAGCAGACCCAGGCUCAGCAGGUGCCCCAGCAGAUCUUGCAGCAGCAGUCUGAAGUGCAGGAAGUUCCAAAGCAGGUUCCCCAGCAGCCCCAGGUUCAGCAGUGGCCCCAGAAGCCCCAGGUUCAGCAGUGGCCCCAGAAGCCCCAGGCUCAGCAGGUGCCCAAGCAGACCCAGGCUCAGCAGGUGCCCAAGCAGACCCAGGCUCAGCAGGUGCCCCAGCAGAUCUUGCAGCAGCAGUCUGAAGUCCAGCAAGUUCCACAGCAGGUCCCUCAGCAGAGCCAGGUUCAGCAGGUCUCCCAACGUAACCAGUUUCAGCAGGGCCUUCAGGAGAUUGGUGUGAAGAAGCACCAAAUCAUGCAAGCUUCACAAUUACACAGACCAGCACUACAGCACUUUUUUAAGCCUCAAGUUCAGCGUGUCCCCCAGUCUAUUCAGGAGUUACACCAGGAGGUCAUUCAGCAGUGGCCCCAGCAGCCCCAGGUUCAGCAGUUGCCCCAGCAGCCCCAGGUUCAGCAGUGGCCCCAGCAGAUCUUGCAGCAGCAGUCUGAAGUGCAGGAAGUUCCAAAGCAGGUUCCCCAGAAGCCUCAAGUUCAGCGUGUCCCCCAGUCUAUUCAGGAGUUACACCAGGAGGUCAUUCAGCAGUGGCCCCAGCAGCCCCAGGUUCAGCAGUGGCCCCAGCAGCCCCAGGUUCAGCAGUGGCCCCAGCAGUCCCUGGUUCAGCAGGUGCCCCAGCAGUCCCAGGUUCAGCAGGAGAUCGCAGCAAGUCUCCCAAUCUCCUUCUAA